AUGCGUCUUCCCACUGGGGCCUUGAGCUGGGGAGCAGCUGGUGGUUGCAAGGGGAUCUCGGGUGAUCUGUGCAAAGGGGGACAUCUUGGUGUAGGGCCCCUGGCACCUGAGAAGCCCAUUCGUGACCCCUUCCACUUGCCUGUCUGUACAGGGUUGGCUGGGGAUGUUGUGGGUCGCCCAGUUCUCACGUGCCUCUUCUGUCUCUUUCUAGAGCUCCCCGGCAGCGGUGACCAGCCGGCGGUGGAAGUUCCUGAGAAGCCCUUGCACCAAACGCGCUGGGAGGAUGAGGCGCAGGCAGCUCUCUCGGUCCCUGCGGGCGAACAGCACUGCCCCGCGGAGCCGAGCCUCAGGCUUGGCAGAGAUUCCCCAGUGAUGCCACAUGCUCCCAGAACAGAAGUGGCAGCGCCUGGCAGUGAAACCGGCCCUGAAUCCUUGGGAACAUCAGCUCCAGACCAGCUUGUGACGGCCGAUGCCCCCAUAGCCCCUUGGGAGCAGGGGAUGUCCAGAGAAGACAUGGUCAUCUCUCUCAAAGGGUCAGUGGAUGAUGAGCCCCAGGCUGCCAGCGCUGCUCUGGAGCGGGUGCCCAGCAAGAGUAAGCUGAAGAAAAUGAAGCCACCUUCCCUUCGGAAGAAGGUGGACGUGGAGCCGGCGGAGGAGGGGGUCCCAGUCCCCCAGGCGUCAUACCAGUUCAAUCCGGAGGAGUACGAUGAGAGCGUGAACCCCUUUGUGACGGGAGGGUCCAAAAUACCGAACUCUCCUCCAGCAGCCCCGCACACCUUCCCUGUUCCUGGCAGUGAUGCCAGCAGCAAUGCAGGGGAGCUGCUGGAGGAGACCCGGGGGCAUGCCCUGAAACUAGAAUUUGAUUUUACGCCCGAGACAGACAACCCAGAGGGCAAGAGAGCUCCAUCGAAGAAAGCCAGCCGCAAGCCAGGCAGCAAGCUGACGCCCAAGCGGCAGAGGGAUGCUGCUCUCAAGCCGACAGGCGCAGAAGGUGUGUCUGGGGCCGUGGAUGACGUGCCACCCCCCAAAGGGUCUUACAAGGGGGACCCCAGCCAGUGGGACAGUUCCAGCUUCAACCCCUUUGGGGGCAGCUCUGCUUUGCAGAACUCCCCGACCGUGCCCAAGGGGUCGUAUCACUUUGACCCCACUAACUUUGACUCCGUGGAUCCUUUCAAACCCACCAAGAGCUUGGACGACACAGCUGCUGACCCCUGCCCCACCGCUGAUAACGACCUCAAUGAAAUCCUGGAGUCUCAGACGCUGGAGGUGCAGGUUGAGGAGCUGCUGCUAGGCAAAGGCUCGCCAAAGAAAGCCAAGUCACGUUUGAUAACGAGCGGCUGCAAGGUGAAGAAGUACGAAACGCAGCCCCUGGUCCUGGAUGUCGGCCCUCAGGGAGAAGGAGCGCCAAUCUCUGACAUCCCGGACGUCACAAAUCGGGACGGACAUGCCACAGACGAGGAGAAGCUGGCCUCCACGUCCUGCGGCCAGAAGCUGCCUGGGCUGGAAGCGAAAGGGGAGGCCGAAGACGACCUGGAGUACUUCGAAUGCUCCACCAUCCCUGCGCUUGCCACGAAACUCGCGUUCCCCCCCUCGGAAGCAGGUCUCGAGAAGGAGGCAUCUGGACAGGCAGAGAAGGAGGCACCCGGCAGCUUCCCUGGCAGCUCUGGCCUGGCCUCCGCAGACAAAGCCCUGGCAGCUGUUGUGACUGGAGUGCGCCAAAGCGAGAAUCCCUUGGACAGCAUUUGCCUCCACGAAUUGGACAAGACAGCCGUGCUCACGUUAAUACGGGAAGAGAUCAUCGCAAAGGAGAUUGAAGCGAAUGGGUGGAAGAAGAAGUACGAAGAGAGCCGGCAGGAAGUCCUGGAAAUGAGGAAAAUUGUGGCUGAAUAUGAGAAGACCAUUGCCCAGAUGAUAGAGGACGAGCAGAGGACGAACAUGACCUCGCAGAAGAACCUGCAGCAGCUCACGGUGGAAAAGGAGCAGGCCCUGGCAGACCUCAACUCGGUGGAGAGGUCCCUGUCAGAUUUGUUCAGGCGAUACGAGAACCUGAAGGGCGUCCUGGAAGGAUUUAAAAAGAAUGAAGAAGCUCUGAAGAAAUGUGCUCAGGAUUACUUAACCCGGGUCAAGCAAGAAGAGCAGCGGUACCAGGCCCUGAAAAUCCAUGCAGAAGAGAAGUUAGACAAAGCCAAUGAAGAAAUCGCUCAGGUGCGCACAAAAGCCAAGGCGGAGAGUGCAGCCCUCCACGCCGGCCUCCGCAAGGAGCAGAUGAAGGUGGAGUCCCUGGAGAGAGCCCUGCAGCAGAAGAACCAAGAGAUCGAGGAGCUGACCAAGAUCUGCGAUGAGCUGAUCGCGAAGCUGGGGAAGACCGACUGAGCUGAGUCCCCUCGCCCUGCGUUCUGCACCUGGCCGCUUUGUUUUGCAACUCCAAGCACCUUCCUUGCCUUAUUGCCCAGGAACACCCCCCUCGCCACGAGAAGCACACGCGCACACUUCUGCCUGCUUGGUGCAGGCCUCAGCGCCCCCACGCACAGCCUGUUGUCCCAGAGCCGUCGCGGCUCUGAUUGCACCAGAAGUCUCGUGCCCCAGCAUCUCUUGGGGCGCGACUCAGUUUCCUUGUGGCUGGUCCGGCCAGUGUUUUUCUUCUGGCAAUCGUCAGCGAGCGGCUGUGUGGCUGGCCCGGCAGACAGUCCUGCGGCAUUUCCUUGCCACUGGGGAGUAGCUGUGAGUUGUCUGUGGGAGAGCUGGCAUUUGAGGUUGUGAUGGCACUGGGCAUCUCGCCGCUUGGCAGCUGCCUCCUGAAUGCAAGGGGCUGGCGCAGGCCGGGUGCUGAGCCCGUGCCGGGCUCAGAGGGCUUGGGCCGUGCAAAGCUGGUGCCUUGAGAGCGGACGAUGCUGUAUGUGACAUGACUAGAAGAGGCAGGAGGUGGUGGGGGCUGCCUGACCCCAAAGGGAUCCUGCUGCAUGUGGGUCUGAUUCACCAGUGGACCCCCCCACAGUGGGACUGGCUGGCCUGGAAGUGGGGUGAUUCAUGUACGUGCUGAUCUAAGGGUCUGGUACGUUCAUGUUACCCAGCAUCUUGGGUCCUGGGCCCAGGCCCUGCCGGCAGCUGGGGAGGGAAGCCCCUGCACCUUUCUCCCCAGUGCACUUUAUUGUCCUUGCACUAGGGCCUUCUGUGCUCCCCUGCUUUCAGCCUUUGGCCCCCGCCCAGCUGCACACCUGACUCUCCCCAGCCAGAUGGAUGUGGCUGUGCAGUCAGUGACACACACUCGG